AAGCUUGUUGUUUGGACCGGACCGGUCUGUUGACCCUCCCAAAAAGUCGGCUUUGUCGGCGCUUCAACGAGAGAUCUCCCCACAGAGAACCACAAGCGGUUUCCAGAAGAGUAGACUUCAAGAACAAGUAGAGAGAGUUUAGUUGCUUGGGCAAUGGGUUUUACUAGGGUUUUGUAAACCCCUCUCUCUCUCUCUCUAUCAAAAUCAAAAUCAAAAUUAGAAGUCCAGCCUCAACCAAUUCAAUUUCGAACAACUCAUCAACCAAUCCACAGACGAAGAACACUAAAAAAAUGAAUUUGGCAAAAUGGAGCUUGAGGCCAUUGAUUCACCUCCGUCAAUCGGCCCUCAUUUGCAGACAUCUUUCAACUUCAUCUCCCUCCUUCAUCCUCAAACAGUCCUCACUCCUCUCCCAUCACCUCUCGCCGCCGCGUCCACCACCGUCGUCCGCCCUCUCCUCCACCGUCCGCUAUCUCCGUACUUCUCGUGAUCCCACUACGAGAUAUGAAAUUUCUCCUCCUGUCAAUUGGGGAAUCCGAAUAGUCCCUGAGCAGAAGGCUUUUGUGGUGGAACGAUUCGGAAAGUAUGCAAAGACUCUCACUCCUGGAAUUCACUUGCUCAUUCCGUUUGUUGACCGAAUUGCUUACGUGCAUUCCUUGAAGGAAGAGGCGAUUCCCAUUCCAGACCAAUCUGCCAUCACCAAGGACAAUGUUAGUAUCUUGAUUGACGGGGUUCUGUAUGUUAAGAUUGUGGACCCUCGUCUGGCAUCAUAUGGUGUUGAGAAUCCCUUGUAUGCAGUUAUACAGCUUGCACAGACAACAAUGCGUAGUGAGCUUGGGAAGAUCACCCUUGACAAGACAUUCGAGGAAAGAGACACCCUGAAUGACAAGAUAGUGAUUUCCAUCAAUGAUGCUGCAAAGGAUUGGGGCUUGAAGUGUCUUCGUUAUGAAAUAAGGGAUAUAUCUCCUCCUCGUGGAGUGAGGGCAGCUAUGGAGAUGCAGGCUGAAGCUGAACGCAAAAGGAGAGCUCAAGUUCUUGAGUCAGAAGGGGAAAGACAGGCAAAUAUUAAUAUUGCUGAUGGGAGGAAGAGUUCAGUGAUCCUUGCAUCAGAAGCUGCAAAGAUGGACCAGGUUAAUAGAGCACUAGGAGAAGCAGAAGCAAUUCUUGCUAAAUCACAAGCAACAGCCAAAGGAAUUGCCAUGGUGUCACAGGCUCUUAAAGAACAUGGGGGUGUGGAGGCUGCAAGUUUAAGAAUUGCUGAGCAAUAUAUUCAAGCCUUCGGCAUGAUUGCCAAGGAGGGCACUACAUUGUUGCUUCCAACUACGGCUUCCAAUCCAGCCAGCAUGAUGGCUCAAGCUAUGAACAUAUACAAAAGCUUGAUUGGCAACAAUUCUAGUGAUAUGCUUCAAGAUAGCUCCAUGUCUGCUGAAUCAAGUGAUGGAGAUGAUCGAGGAGAGCCAGUCUUCUCUCUCCAGAACCCCAAGAAGGAACAUUAGACUCCAUGGCAGCCACCAAUUCAUCCUGCACAGCAAAGGUCUAUUGUACCAUUUGGUUUGGUUAGUUUUGUGGAUUCCUUUCAUUGUUCAGUACAUUUCUACUUUAGUACAGAAAAAGCAGAGGAUUCUGUAGGCUACUAGUAUUGAUGGAGGAUGGCUACGUAUAGAGUGCACUAUACAAGGCAGAGUUCAUUUGUCUUUUUGGAAACAUUAUACGGGAGGGAAUUGAAAAUUAUUCGUCAACAACAUUAUGAUUUUGCAAUCUGUUCAACAUUUAUUUUUCAUAGACUCAA